CUUGAGGCAAAGAAUCGUUAACCUUGCUUGCAGUGAGUGUCGUUGUCAUUUGCUGCUUUGCAGGAUCGGCUUCUACAGAGCAUGGAAGCACUGAGGGCUGAAUUAAAGCGGGCAAGACUGAGAGGCUCUUCGCUUCACCACGGGCGGACGCACGUCGGCAGCAUCCCAGCUUCCAGGUUCCGUCUGGCGGACAGCCCCACGGAUGCCAGCAGCAGCAGCAGCAGCAGCGCGGUGUUGCGGCGCCGCCGGAAAGGCCGUGUGGCCCGUCUGCGACAUGAGCCUUCCAAGGCAAGGACCUCCAUCCUCUGGGGGCUCUCGUGGGACCCACCUGCCAGCUCCAAUGUCACCUGCCUUUUCCUGUCUAGGUCCCUGAGCUUGGACAGGCUGCAGCAAGGGGCACUGCCCAAGGCCAGCCACGAGGACAUCAGGGACGCCACAAAAUCCACAGCCUCUCAGGAUGGCCCCUUGAGCAACCUCAGCAACACUAGGAAUAACGAGGACUCACUGAACAACGCCCCCAAGAAGAAGGGCAUCACAAAAUCCAUCCGCUGGUUGCUCGCCAGAAAACAAAAGGUCCACCCCAGCCAUGCCAGCGACGAGCCUGCAUGA